UCGGCCUGGGCUUUAUAGAUUUUGCAGUCCGUCGUCGGAGAAAGAAAGACGACGAAGGAGAUGAGUUGCGCAGUUGCAACGCUUCCUCCUCCUCUGUUUCAGAAUGGGUCCGUCUCUUCUCCUCAGAACAACUCUAUGAAGAACGACUUGAGCAAUCUGGUAAAGAUUAGUGAUGGAGUAGGAUCUCUUGGUGGCUAUAAAUGGCGUCUGGUGAUUGCUUAUGAUGGAACCCGAUAUGCAGGUUGGCAGUAUCAGGAAUCACCACCGACGAUCCAAUCGAUGUUGGAAAAAGCCUUAACUCAAAUAACGAAGCUCGAAAGAAAAGAGCUGCUUAUAGUCGGAGCAGGCAGGACCGAUGCCGGAGUUCAUGCUUGUGGUCAGGUAGCGCAUUUCGUCACGCCUUUCAAUUACAGCAGCUUGGAAAGCAUUCAUGCUGCAUUGAACGGUCUUCUUCCUCAAGAUAUCCGCGUCAAAGAGAUUAGUGCUGCGGUUCCCGAGUUCCAUGCCAGGUUUUCUUGCAAAGGCAAGGUCUACCGUUACCAGAUUUACAACGAUACGUUUAUGGACCCGUUUCAGCGUUGUUAUGCUUUCCACUGUGCUUACAAGCUGAAUGCCUCUCUGAUGAGAGAAGCUGCAAUGCAUCUUGUCGGAAGGCAUGAUUUCUCCGCUUUUGCUAACGCUACCCGGGAAGACGGAGUGCCUGAUCCUGUGAAAACUAUAUCUCGUUUUGACGUUGUUGAAAAGGGACCUCUCCUACAGCUAGAAGUAGAAGGUUCGGGCUUUUUGUACAGGCAAGUCAGAAACAUGGUGGCAUUGUUGAUUCAGAUUGGGAAAGAAGCGAUACCAACCGAUAUUGUACCAGUGAUAAUGGAAACCAGAAACAGGAGGGAGCUUGCGAAGUAUACACUGCCUUCCCCUCCCCAUGGCCUUUCCCUUGUCUCUGUAGAUUACAAAGAGGAUCACCUUCGACUCCCGCCACAUUGCCCUCUCACUAGCUUUGGUCGGCAUCGGACUGUAAGGAAAUGUAAACUUCCCUUCUAUUGAUCCUUUGUUCUCUUGCUUUUAGCUGAUUAAAUAAUUUAAAUUGAUAAUGUAUUAUAUUUUUUUGCCAGUUUUAUAAUAUAAUCUAAUAACAAAUUGAUGUUUU